AUGACAAUAGAUAAGUUCGGACAUAGCCGAAAUCAUCCAUAUGCUUUUAACGAAGCUAAAAAAAAAUUUCAAACAAUUGGGUUACAAGUAAAUUCAGAUGGAGAUUAUUAUAUUCAAAAUAAACAAUUAAUAAACCUAAUAUGCCCAAUAAAUAAGAAUGAUACUGCUACAAUAUAUGAUGGAAUAGAAACAUUAAAUGAAACUAUCAAUAGAGUGAUUAUUAUCCAGAGAGAAGAUAUAUUGCAACAACUAAGGAAUGAAAUAACAAGAGUUUAUGGAAUGGGCAUACAACCAAACCACAUUAAGAUUUCACAACGAGGAAAACUCAAAAUUGAUGACUCAGUUCGCAUAAGCAAGUUACAUGUUUUCGAAAAAGGUUAUACACCUAACUGGGCUACAGAAAUAUUCAAGAUAAGGAAAGUGAAGAUAACAAACCCUGUAACAUACUUAAUAGAAGACUACAAAAGUCAACCAAUUGAAGGUGCUUUCUAUGAAAAUGAGUUGCUCAAAUCUAAGCAUAAUGACAUUUAUUUAGCAGAAAAAGUUGUAAAAACUCAAGAUGAUAAAGUUUUUGUAAAAUGGCUUGGUUUUUCACCAAGACACAAUUCUUGA